GAGUCCUCUAUGCUUCCAUCUUCUUUACUUCCUUCCUUUCCUUCUUAUAUACCCGCAGAUUCUUGUCUUUCCAUCUGCCUUCCAUAGAAGUAAUAAUAGCGAAGAAGAAGAAAUUAAGGUGGAAACAUGUGCUACUCUAACAGAGUAUCAUCAGGUGAUCAGAAGGGGUCGGUGGUUGUGCAGCAGCGGUGGUUGGCUCUGCGGACACCACCGGUCAUCACCACCGUGCGUCGUACACCGAGUAUUGAGGGUACUGGGGAGGCUGGUGGAGCUGGCUUGACGAAGCGGUGCGUUUGCUCCCCGUCAACACACCCAGGGUCGUUCAAGUGCAGGCACCACCGUGCUGAGUACCCCUGGGGUGGCCGACUAGUUAAUAAGAGAUGAGUUAGGGAUGUUGGGUUAGACGUCCUAUCUCUUAUGCAACAAACAGAACAUGACAUGUCUAGUACUCUAGUCCUCAACACCUUGUAUCUUGUUCGCCUUUCUUAUUCUCUUCUUGUUUCUGUCCAUUUUCAAUGUCAUGUUGAACUGAAAAUGAAAUAUUUUCCCAAGAAUUCCUUUUCCUACCGACAAUAUCAUUGAAAGUUUUCAUAAUUUUCUGUCUGUCUCCCCUGUUUUAGCAUAAAUUUUCUUGCGUUUU